CGCGUGAGUUUAUUGCAUGUACAUAUAAUGGCGUACUAGGCUGACUUGUAUACAUGUACUACUGCAUGAAGGCAGAAAGAAUAACUUGCGUGACUAUAUUUAGGAUUAGUACGUACUGAAAGUUUCAUGCUGUACAGACGUGUACUUGCAAUAAUUGAUGUAUACAUGUGUGAAUGCAUUCGUGUAUUUGAAAAUGUUCAUUUCUCUACAUGUCCGUGUCCUACUGCUUGUUAAUGUGACUACUGCUAAUGAUUACUGGAACAACAGUGGGUAAGUUACAGUAUGCAGACAUGUAUGAAUGCACUCACUGCUCCUACCAUCAUCCCCCUCUCUCUGUUUCCAUGUGUGUCUUACGCUGGUGUCUCAUUGGACUAAACAGAAGGUGAGCGGGACACUGCACUGACUUGUGACUGUACUUGUGUCAGUAAUGUUUGAGUUGCAUGAGUACAUGUGUAUUGGCAUUCAUAGUGUACAGGUUUGUGAUUAUAUUCUUUUCUCUCUCCCUACAUUUCCAUGGUUACUGAAUAUCUGGAACGAUAGAAAGAUAAGGCUAGGUAUGAGAGGGAACUGAAGCAUCAUGAGACGAGAAGAGCUGCCCUCCAACAGAGACUGUCUGGUGACAUCACUGACCAGGACCGGAGACAACUGCAGGGAGAGCUGGAGGAGGUGGAGAGGGGGAUCAAGAAGUGUGUCUCAGAGAUACAAGGAUGUGAGGGGAGGAUACCUAUCCAUGAGAAUGCUAUUGCUGAGACACGAGGACGAGGAGAGGAGAGGCAGAGAAAGGAAGAAUCGAAGCGGUUGUUUGAUGAGGGGAUGAAGCACGGACACGUCUUGGUCAACAUUGUCAACAUGCUCGUGUUUGGACCGGCGGGAACAGGGAAGACCAACCUCAAGCACCUGCUAACUGACAAGCCCCCUCCACUACAGCGUGACAGCACUCCUUGUAUGGAAAAGCCAGUACGCAUUCGACCCGUGUCCAACACGAAAUUCAAGUCAACUGGAAGAGGCUGGGAAGAGAUGUCUCAGCCAAAGCUGCGCAAGCUACUUGCUCAAAUCAUCGCUAAGUUACCAAAAGAAAGUGCCGAUCCAUCCACCGCAUCAAGGGUUGCCGAGAGCUUGAAGAAGAUGACCACAACCGAGUUAAUUUCGGGUCCCGAUUCUGAUUCAGAUGAUUCAUAUUUUAGUUGCAAUGAGUACCUUUCUGAUUCCCAAUCCAGCAACGAUUCUGAUGGACUUUUCGACUCCGAUGAACUUUCUGGCUCUGCAAGAAUGUUGGACGAAGCCAUCGAUGAAGUGAUAGCGAGUGUAGUGAGUGGUGUGGCAGAAGAGCUGAAGCCAGCCACACAGGGAACUGACCAACUGUCGAGCAGUGACCAGCAAGAAGGAGAACUGUUCGAUUCCAACUGGGUGUAUGUUACCGACUGCGGCGGCCAGCCGCAAUUCCACGACAUCAGCCCUCUCUUCAUCAAGCACAUUUCGGUGGCGUUGAUAGUCCUGCGUUUGAUUGACGAACUCUCCAGUUUCCCUUCUGACGAGUACUACAAGGAUGGGCAGCUUGUUGGUAGUCCUUGUGCAUCUCACAUGACCCUUGGGGAGACACUUCAGAGUCUCAUUCGAUCCAUUGAGUCCCAUACCUCACAAGACAAGAAGCCGAAGAUGAUCUUUGUGGGCACAUUCUUUGAUCAGCUGAAAAGCUCGGAUACACUUAUCGAGAGGAAUCAAGAGAUUCUCGACAUGCUGCCACCCGAUAUCAAGAAGCUAUUGGUGUACGAAAAUCUUGGAUUGAACAAUCUGAUUUUUGGUCUCAACACAAUCAGCCGAGAAGAAGAUUCACUGGCCACUGCCAAUAGGAUUAGAAUUGCUAUUGAGCGCUCUAUUCCGCUACAAGUCAAAAUGCCCAUCUGGUGGUCCUUCUUGGAUUCACUUCUCCAGAGUUUGUCUGCCAGUCUCGAGCGAGGUGUACUAGGCAUUGAAGAAUGUCUCCAAUUAGCCACUCGAUUUGGUUAUUUGCUCCAAGAUCUUGAAGCUGCUCUGGUCUUCUUUGACAACGUGUGUAUAGCGCACUACUAUCCCUCCAUUCUCCCCAACACAGUGUUUGUGGAUGCCCAGAUUCCACUAGACAAGAUCACCGAGCUCUCACAGCACGCCAUUUUUCUGAGGAAUGCACACUCUACUAUUAGCCCAGGAGGGACAGGCGCCGAAUGGAAGAGAUUUCGAGACGAGGGCAUAAUCACUUUAAAGUUUCUACGAUUCUUUAAGAAGCAUUACGUUGAAGGCAUCUUUUCUCCAGAAGAUAUGCUGUUGAUCAUGAAAUAUCUUCUCGUGAUUGCUCCCAUUCCUCUAGUGGAAGCCACUAUCCACCAAGCCGAGUUCUUCAUGCCAUCUCUACUCACAUCGAUCCCACCUGCUGAGCUAGACAAAAUCCGUUCCUCCUUCACAAUAUCACCCUUCGCUAUCUACUUUCGUAGUGGGUGUAUUCGCUCUGGGGUAUUUUGCUGUCUAGUUGUGGACGUGAUCAAGAGGCUGGGCUGGAAAGUGUUGCUUCCUUCAGGAGAAGCAAGCAUUUUAGCUAAAAAUUGCAUUCAGCUUGAAAUCCCCAAUCUCCCGUGCACCGUGGCUCUGAUCGACUCCUUCUCGUAUCUUGAAGUGUAUAUCGAUGUGCUUUUUGCUCUUCGCAAACAAGUAUGCCCUACAAUUCGAAACGAAAUUUUGAUCAGCAUUAAAUCGUCGUGUGAAAUGUUGCAUUACAACAACGACAUACCCAAGACAGCCAUCUUUUGCCCAUGCAGCAAGAAAAGCACUGGAAGCAUCCGCAAAUUGCACCUUGCUGAUGUGAGCGAACGAAAUGGCUGUAAGUUUUGGAAGUGCUCCCUUCAGACACGUGUGUGGGGAGAGCUCAGUGAUGAAGAUAGAAUCUGGCUGGACGAUAGCGAAGGUUCUGAUGUAUCAUCCUCUGUUGCGAGUGAUAUGUGUACAAAAAAGACACUGAGUAACCAGCAGCAACAAUCUGGUAAAUUGCAAUCAUCCUCUGUAAUCGAAGAUGUGUGCAGGAAGACUGGAGUGACUGAUCAACAGCUCGAUCAAGAAAUCCCUGAGAGUGAAAUCUACUGUGUAGCUAAACACAUUGAGAUGACACCCGGCUUGCUUGAAAGACUCAAACUCAAUACUGCUGAAAAAAGCGAUGCUACUCAAAAGAGAAACAAUGAAGGCAAUCAAGCUGGAGUGGCUCAUGCGUUGAGUGUGUGGCGAAGUGUGAAUCCUUACAGAGCUACCUUCAGGGCCUUGGUGGAAAUUGCCAUAGGACUGAGAAGAGGAGACACUGCUACAGACAUUUGUAGAUUCAUUGUAAAGAAUACGAGUUAAACUGACUGAAACUGAAUUUUUUUAAAUGUCUUGUUUUUAUUGAUGCUGUGUGUCUGCAAUGCUCUUUUCUGGGCACAUUACAUGUAUUAUGGUGGCAUAUAUUGCACUCAGCCCUCGGGCGCCAUCUCUGUGAAAA